AUGCCUCCCACUCUUGCAGCAGGCCCUCCCUCGCUGGAGAGGUCUUUGACUGGCAGCACCGGCGCCAAGCCGGAGACGGAAGCAAAGCUGCAGGACCUUGUCAGCCAGCUGUUCGCCUUGGCCGAUGUGGAUUCCAGCGGAACGAUUCAAUUCAAGGAGUUCAUGGAUCACCACAACAGGGUGUUGGAGAUUGCCUCGGACUCCUUGGGCCGGGCAGAGGUGAUGUCGGGCGAAGAGGCCCAGAAGAUCUUCCGCCAAGCGGACAAAGAUCACAAUCACCGCCUGGACAAGGAGGAGUUUUUUGACUACAUGCAUGGCUUGCUCAGUGUGGUUGGCAUCAAGCAGUUCGAGUCCGUGUGCGAGACUCUGGUGAAAGAGGAGACGCUGCGUCGCGCAGUUAUGGCAGAGGGAUUCGACCGCAAGUUCUCGGAACGUUUGCUGGAGCAGGCGACCAAUUCCUACUUCUACAAGCAGCCCAUGAAAGAUGCUGCCUUGAAGUUGUUGAACUCAAGAGCUGAUCCGAACAUGACCGACAAGAAUGGCAGCACGAUCUUGCUCCACGUGACCGGCAAGAUGGACGCCCCCUUUGCGAAGCAACUAUUGCUCGCGCGCUGCGACCCUUUACGGCAUAACAAGGAGCUGGACUGUGCUGUCUUCCGUGCCUCGAAAUCUCGGCACAUGGAAGUGUUGAAGGUGCUGCUUGAGCCGGAUUGGAAUCCUCCAGUGCCUGGCGAAGAAACCACCAAGGAGCAGGACGAGAAUUCUCCGCGAUACAGGGCAAAGAUGAGCGAGGAAGUGCUGAAGCAAAUGCCCGAGCUGACAGGGGCGCAACUCAAGCAGUUGAUUGCAAAGCGUGCUGACCUGAACUACAAGGGUCAAAACGGCUGGACGCCGUUGACGCUGGCAGUCUUCCACGGAAAGAAGGAUUGCGUCGAGGCGCUGGUUCGAGUACAAGAUCCACUUAAGGGCAUGAAGCUGCAUCUCCAAGGCAAGAACGCCCGGGGAAGGGCUGCCUUGCAUUUGGCAGCUCGAAAGGAUCUGCCUGAGAUUGCAAAGCUUCUGAUUAGCAGCGGUGCGGACGCGGAUGUGAAGGAUAUCGAUGGGUGGACGCCUUUGCACCACGCCUGCUUCAACGGGAACUCCGCUGUGGUCAGAGAACUGCUGGCCGGAGGAGCACAGCUGCUGAUUCGAGGAAACGGUGGUUUCACGGCCUUCAUGGUGACAAAGCUGCCGCAGAAGGCCUCAGAUCUCAGCGACGCGGUCCUAAACAUCAUCAAGCCCUCAGAGGGGGUGGACUUCUCCAAACGCGUAAUUCCACUCGUCAAGGACGAGACGAUGACACCGCUUCAAAAGAUUGAGGAACUUCUGAUGCUGCCAGGAGUGUCACAGGUCCCCGAGCGGCUGCGGCUUCACGAAACAUUCUUCCACCCAUUGCAGGGCCCCAACAAGGUGAAGCUGAAGCUGGUGUGGACACAUCUUAUCAAGCCCUUGAUCCCACGGCUCCGCACGUGCGAGGUGGACAUGGACGUGGAGCCUAGCCCUCAUUUAUCAGAGCAGGCCAAGGAGGAACACCGCGCAGAGGUGGCUAGACGUCGGAAGCUGCAAGAUCAUUUCUUCAAGCAGUGGGCGCUCGAUACCAGGGGCCCUCGGCCGACUGCUCACUGGAAGUUCGACAACAGGGAAGCUUACAAAGAGGAGCUGUACGCAAUCCUUCAACUCGAGUUGGACGAAUACCGGGCAGAGUUCAACAAGCUGUACGAGAGGCUAACUGAUGAGGAGGAAUGCGGUGAGGAAUUGGUGGCGCUGCCACCGGAGGAGAUCAUACACAAGUCGUUGCUCAGCCAGCUGAACGCGCACACCUUCCCACUUUGGUUAGAGCAGCUGGACGUUGCUGGGGCCUUUGAGCAGUUGCGCCUGGUGGGCCACGGCAGCUUGGCAGGCAAGAAAGACAACCGCGAUGCCCAGCUGGAGAUGGUAGAGCUCCUUACCAUCUCUCACAGUCUGCGAUGUGGCAAGAUGUUUUGGCGCAAUGUGUAUCGAACCUGGCUGCUCCAGUGCGCAAGCAUGGCAGACCACGAGUGCUCCCGAAAAGUGCGUAGCAUUGUCGACAAGUUCAAUGCGGAACACGAGGGAGAGCUCAUUGCCAGCUAUCAUCCUGGGCCGGUGAAAACUGCCGAUCGGACCAAGUACAAGGAGCAGAUGCUGGGCUUGAAACCAAGUGCUGAGACUUUCGAUGGUCGCGGCGCUGCAGCUAACAUCAUCGACGUUGUGCGUGGCACGAUCGCCGUGAACUGCCCCAAAGCAGCCUUGAAGUUGCUGGAUGUAUUCAGGAGCCUGGACAAAUCCAUGGACCGGAUGCUGUUAGUUCGGGUCAUCAACCGCUACAACAGUGAGUGCGAGACAUUGGAGGGAUACAGGUUCGUAGAGAUGCACCUGCUCUUCCGGAACGGUGUGCGGGCUGGUGCCUGUGGACGAGAUGGCACUUCUAUCGAGCUGAGCCUCCUGGGUGAGGUGUGCAUCGUUCUGGAUGACUUCCUGAAAGUCCACAAGAAGAGGCAUUUGGUCUACAAGCUUCGCCGUGGAGUUUUCGACUGGAGCCCCGAGGAUGAAGAGCCAGAAGACGAUGACUUUGAGAGCUCUCUCCGAGGCGACGACCUGACGACCUGA